ACUUGCCAAAGUCUACUCCCUUCCUCUUGCAGAGUUUGCCGGUUCCAUUCUCUCUAUACCCACUCACCUCUCAUUCGUUCUGGUCAAUCAAUCAUUCAUUCAUUCCUAUUCCUUCUUCUUUCUCUUCCAAUUCCAAAUCACGAUCCUUCGUUUUCCCUCUCUAGAACCUUCCUUUUUCCUCUUUCCGUGUCUGUCUGUCUGUCUCUCUCUCCCCCAUGGCUUCCGAUCUCGAAGCAAAAGCCAAAGAGGCCUUCGUCGAAGACCACUUCGAACUCGCCGUGGACCUUCUUUCUCAGGCCAUUCACCUCGAACCCAACAAAGCCGAACUCUACGCCGACCGAGCCCAAGCCAACAUCAAACUCAACAACUUCACUGAGGCUGUUGCUGAUGCUAACAAAGCAAUUGAAUUGAAUUCUUCUCUACCAAAAGCAUAUUUGCGGAAAGGUACUGCGUGCAUGAAGCUUGAGGAAUAUGAGACUGCUAAGGCUGCUCUAGAGGUGGGUGCAUCAUUGUCUCCAGACAACUCAAGGUUUGCUACUUUGAUCAAAGAAUGUGAUAAGCUCAUUGCAGAAGAAUCUUAUACCAUACCUAUUAUAGAGGAAAAGACCACAACACAGGAUGCUACUCCAAAAGAUGUUCAGCAACAAGAUGAUCUUCUAGAGAAGCCAACAGUUGCAGUGACUAAACCUAAAUACAGGCAUGAAUUCUACCAGAAACCUGAUCAGUUGGUUGUGACCAUAUUUGCAAAGAAAAUCCCAAAGGAAAGCAUUACUGUUGACUUCGGUGAACAAAUACUAAGUGUUAGUAUUAAUGUCCCUGGAGAAGAUGUAUAUGCUUUUCAACCUCGCUUAUUUGGAAAGAUUGUACCUUCCAAUUGCCGAUAUGAAGUUUUGUCCACCAAAAUUGAAAUUCGCCUUGCGAAAGCAGAACCUAUUCACUGGACAUCUCUAGAAUUCACCACAGAUAUCGUUGUUCCACAGAGGGUUAAUGCUUCUUCAGUUACUGGAAGUCAAAGACCUUCUUACCCGUCCUCAAAACAAACAAGAGACUGGGACAAGAUUGAAGCUCAAGUCAAGAAAGAGGAGAAAGACGAAAAGCUUGAUGGCGAUGCUGCGUUGAACAAAUUUUUCCGUGAAAUAUAUCAAGAUGCAGAUGAGGAUACAAGGAGGGCAAUGAAAAAGUCUUUUGUUGAGUCUAAUGGGACAGUGCUGUCUACAAACUGGAAAGAAGUGGGAUCAAAGAAGGUAGAGGGAAGUGCUCCUGAUGGCAUGGAGUUGAAGAAAUGGGAAUAUUAAGACAUUUUCUGGAUCAAUGUUAUACAUAUUUUGGUGUGAGAUUAUACUUUGGUUUGUUUUUGUUGGUUAGCUUAACUGCUGAACUAAAGAUACUUAUUUUCUUUAAUUUUUUAUUUAUUUUCAUGAGGUGUGUCCGUCUUCGCUAGGACCUGAAUUCAUGGUUGUUGGUUGAGAGGACAAGGCUGUUGUCUUUGGUGAAUAUAUUGCAACUUUCUGUUUUACUGUCC